UCACCUAGUUGUGAUUGCGGGGGUUGAGCUCUGCUCUUUUGGGCCCACCUCUCAACUGUCAAUCAACUGUUACUAACUACUAUUUUUAUUUAUUGUACAUAAGAUAUUUUAGAGAAGCUUGUGUACCUAGUUAGUGUUGUAGUGUAGUGACGUUUUCUGUGGUGAGCUCCAGAGCGUCAACACAGCUGGUCGUCACCACAACAACAACACGACGUCAGCUGAGAGGAUCAUGGCCGUGUGUGUAGCUGUCAUUGGGAAGGAAAAUAGCCCACUUUAUGUGUGGGUUGGCAGUGGGCGAGAGGAACUUCAUCUUCACUACCUGGCACAUACAGGGUUAGAUGUUAUACAGGAGAAGGUUGCUGCUGUUAACAAGACUCCUGGAGACACAAGAGAGCUAUAUUUAGGGCUUCUCUAUGCAUCAGAAGAGUAUAAAGUCUUUGGUUACACUACCAACACAAGGAUAAAGUUUGUCAUCAUCACUGAUGCAGCCAAUACAACCCUAAGAGACAAUGAAAUCAGAAUGAUGUUCAGACGUCUGCACAAUAUGUAUACAAAUGUUGUGUGCAAUCCUUUUUAUAUUCCCGGAGAGCAGAUUACAUCAAGAGAAUUUGACAAAGGUGUUGGAGCUCUGGUAGCAGGUAAUUAAAGAAGCACGCAAUACAGUUUGCUUAAAAAAUUGCUCACUCCUGCCUCCGAAAUGUGAAUCUUCUGUGGCCAGCUGGGAUUACUGAUAUUAUUGAAUAUACAGUACUGUAUCCUGAUUUUCUCGUUUGAUACAUAUAUAUGUAUCCUAAAAGAUUUGUACAGUGUAUACAAGUAUUUGAUUGUUAGAAUAUACUCUAAUAAGGGUUUUAAAAUAAAGGUACGUACCUGUAAUGUAUAGUACAAUAUGGUUUACAAAUGUGACAAUUGACAUUUAAAGAUUACAAUUUAUUACCAUCUUAUGUAUUGUACACUAAUUAUUUUCUAUUGUAUCAUUAUCUUUUAUAUAUGUAUGAAUUAUAUAUAGUGGCAAUAUAUACUUUUUUCAUAAAAAAUGCAAAUUAAAUACUGUAUUUGUUAUAUUUUAAAUAUUGUAAUGUACAUCGUUAUUAUUUUUCCAUUGUUUAAGAGAACUAGUGUAUGGUGCAAUUUCCUUUUUCUGUUCAUAUAUUUAAUUAGUUUCUUAGAGUAAUUAUCAUCCAUCUUUGUUACUCUGUAUUGAGACAACAUGAACUUAGUGGGAAAACUGGUUAGAUAAGUAAAAAACAGGUGAAAGCCCACAUUACAUUUACAAAUAUACGUUUCACUUGUGCAUGGUUUCAUUGUGAGUGUAGCUACCAAGAGCUGUAAUACAGUUUACUGCUUGUUCAGCUGUUCAUUUAAUUGUGUUCAUCAUAUUAUUUCAAUUAUUUCUUGUUUGGGUUCUGUAAAGUCAGGUCUGUUUAUUAGGAAAUAAAAGAACAUUUAUUUUUAUCUCAUUGUGGUCAUUAGAUAUCCCAAAUCUAUAUUUUGUUAAAUGUUUGUAUUCAUUGGAUAAAUUUAUUUGAUAUACUUGACUUUGUUUUGUCAAUUUGUUUUGUAAUUGCUUAGAAAUAUGACGGGUAAAUUACACCUUUAAAUGCAUUAGUUAUUAAACAUAGCCAUAUAUUUUGUACAUAUUCAAGUGUGGUGUAAAGUACAGUACAUUAGCCUAAUUAGAUGCUUUAAUUAGGCUUUGUACAUGUUUUGGCUUUAGUUAUACAGUAUUUUAAAUUCUACAUUAUUUCAUAUACUGUAUUAUAAUGCUUUAAAAAUUAGAUACUUUUGCACAGGAGAAUAUUUUUUUUUUUUACAUGAUAUAGUAUCUUAUUUGUUCUGAAUAUACAUUUUUUUGUUAAAGCAGCAACAUCCUUAUUAAAUUAAUGUGCAUAAUUAUUUAGCAAAUAUAAUGUGUAGUAUUAAGCACACUAAUUCUAAGACAUUGGAAAUGCUUGAAGAAGUUUAAGAAUGUGCAAUUCCAGAUAUUGUGUGGGCCUGUAGACAAUCCCCCACAGUUCCACUGUAGGUAUCAUAGCAUGUGCACUUGUGCCACACAAGCUGUAAUAUCUACAGUAUUAUAUCUAUACAUACCAAUUUGUUUUUGUUUUCAAUUGGUCAGUAUGUGAAAAAAUUUUUUAUAUUAAAUUAAAAAAAAUCCCUUAGUAAUCCUGGAUUCUACUUUCAUGCAUUCUACAUUCAUUUGCCUUUUUAAAUGCUGUAUUGUAUAGCCUACUUCAAGACAACAGAGCUUUUCCCAGCUGGUGGGCUAGAAGGCAGAUACAGAGAACAUUGCCCUGCUCCAGCUACGUUAAUGUCAUUUAGGUGUAUUGUAACACAUUCAGAUUUAAUUUCUUACAAUACAUUUCUUUCUCUAGCAA